UUUCCCUGUAGACGAGUAAAAAGGGUGAUGGACAAACGUGCGGGCACUAAGACCGCAAGGCAUUCAUUUCCUCCUACGGUGGAUGCGGACGCCGGGAGGAGGAGAGCCCCAGAGAGAGGAGCUGGGAGCUGAGGCGCAGAGAACACGUAGCGACUCCGAAGAUCAGCCCCAAUGAACAUGUCAGUGUUGACUUUACAAGAAUAUGAAUUCGAAAAGCAGUUCAACGAGAAUGAAGCCAUCCAAUGGAUGCAGGAAAACUGGAAGAAAUCUUUCUUGUUUUCUGCUCUGUAUGCUGCCUUUAUAUUUGGUGGUCGGCACCUAAUGAACAAACGAGCAAAGUUUGAGCUGAGGAAGCCAUUAGUGCUCUGGUCUCUGACCCUUGCAGUCUUCAGUAUAUUCGGUGCUCUUCGAACUGGUGCUUAUAUGGUGUACAUUUUGAUGACCAAAGGCCUGAAGCAGUCAGUUUGUGACCAGGGUUUUUACAAUGGACCUGUCAGCAAAUUCUGGGCUUAUGCAUUUGUGCUAAGCAAAGCACCCGAACUAGGAGAUACAAUAUUCAUUAUUCUGAGGAAGCAGAAGCUGAUCUUCCUGCACUGGUACCACCACAUCACUGUGCUCCUGUACUCUUGGUACUCCUACAAAGACAUGGUUGCCGGGGGAGGUUGGUUCAUGACUAUGAACUACGGCGUGCACGCCAUGAUGUACUCUUACUAUGCCUUGCGGGCGGCAGGUUUCCGAGUCUCCCGGAAGUUUGCCAUGUUCAUCACCUUGUCCCAGAUCACUCAGAUGCUGAUGGGCUGUGUCAUUAACUACCUGGUCUUCUACUGGAUGCAGCAUGACCAGUGUUACUCUCACUUUCAGAACAUCUUCUGGUCCUCACUCAUGUACCUCAGCUACCUUGUGCUCUUCUGCCAUUUCUUCUUUGAGGCCUACAUCGGCAAAAUGAGGAAAACAACGAAGGCUGAAUAGUGUUGGAACUGAGGAGGAAGCCAUAGCUCAGGGUCAUCAAGAAAAAUAACAGACAAAAGAAAAUGGCACAAGGAAUCACACGUGGUGCAGCUAACACAAAACAAAACAUGAGCAAACACAAAACCCAAGGCAGCUUAGGGAUAAUUAGGUUGAUUUAACCCAGUAAGUUUAUGAUCCUUUUAGGGUGAGGACUCACUGAGUGCACCUCCAUCUCCAAGCACUGCUGCUGGAAGACCCCAUUCCCUCUUUAUCUGUCAACUCUAGGACAAGGGAGAACAAAAGCAAGCCAGAGACAGAGGAGACUAAUUGAAGGCAAACAAAGGCUGUCAACACAUAGGAAAAAAUGCAUUUACCAAGUGUCACAUUUCUCUAAGAUGAAAGAUUUUUACUCUAGAAACUGUGCGAGCACGCACACACAAUCCUUUCUAACCUUUAUGGACACUAAACUGGAGCCAAUAGAAAAGCUAAAAAUGAAAGAAACACAGGGUGUAUAUCUAGAACAAUAACGCUUUUGCAGAAACUAAAGCCUUUUUAAGAAAUGUUAGCUGCUGUAGCCCCCAUGAGAAAAGAUGUCUUAAUCGUCCUUGUGAAAACAGAUGUAAACAACUAGGUUUCAACUAACUUCACCUUCACUUCGUAGCCUCAGGCUAGUGAGUUUGCCAAAACCAAAGGGGGCGAAUACUUUCCCAAGGCUGUUCCUAGGAGGAUGGAAACAGGACAGCCCAGGUUCCGCAGGGGCAGCUCCAUCCCAGAGCAUUUCUGAUAGUGGAACUGUAAUUUCUACUCUUAAAUGAGGUAUGAAGCAUUAUCCUUUUGUUCAGUUGCCCCGAGCUUUUGAACAGAGGAGUAAAUACGGAAUCGAAAAGAUAAACACUCAACCAAACAAUGUAAAAACGGGUUCUGUCGUGUCUGUACAAAGACCCAGCCCAGGACCACUGUGAGCUGGAAAAGGGAGAAAGACAGUAGGAAAAGAGGUGAGCUGAGGAUCAAUUCCAUAGACAGACGGCGUGUAUGCCCCUUCCUAUUUCACUUCACACACACUCAUAACUUUCCAAAUGAUACCCCGUAGCACAGCACAUAUUUCCUAUAUUUUUGUGAAUUCCAAAAGGAACCCGCAGGGCUCUUCCUGGGAUUAGAUGAACACAGUUUCUGCAUCAUCUGCAUUUGCUCCCCAAGCAAUGUAGAGGUGUUCAAAGUGCCCUCUGCUGGCUGACUGGCGAUACUACAACAAACUUCAUGGCAAAUUUGGCUGAAAGUCGACAACAAAGGGCCCCAACACACAUCCCUCAAAUGUUAAGUGAUAUGAAAUACUUGUCAUAUCUUUGGCCAAAUCAGAAGAUAGUUAUCCUGCUUCAAGUCAGCUUCAGAAAUUGUUUAAAGGGGACCUUCGCUCUGGAACUCAAAAUCAAUUUAUUAAGAGCCAUAUUCUUAAAAAAAAAAAAAAGCUGGAUAAUAUUAUCUGUAAUAUUUCAGUCCUUUACAAGCCAAAUACAUGUGUCGAUGUUCCUAGUAUUUCAAAGAAGCAAUUAUGUAAAGUUGUUCAAUGUGACAUAAUAGUAUUAUAAUUGGUUAAGUAGCUUAAUGAUUAGGCAAACUAGAUGAAAAGAUUAGGGGCUUCUGCAUUGCAUAGAUUACACACACAUAGCCACGCAUACACGCACACAGAUGUGGGGUACACUGAACUUCAAAGCCCAAAUGAAUAGAAACACGUUUUCUGGCUAGCAGAAAAAAAACAAAACAAAACAAAACUGUUGUUUCUCUUUCUUCCUUUGAAAGUGUACAGUAAAAGGGAUUUUUUCAAAUUAUUUUUAUAUUAUUUUAGCUUUAAUUGUGCUGUUGUUCAUGAAACAGAGCUGCUCUGCAUUUCUGUCAGAGAUGGCAAGGGCUUUUUCAGCAUCUCGUUUAUGUGUGGAAUUUAAAAAGAAUAAAGUUUUAUUCCAUUCUGUGUGAAUGGUUUGAGCAGUGAACAAAGAAUCCAUGGAAAGCAAGUCAUGAUUGGAAGAACAAGGGGGAGGGGGAAGUGCAGGGGAGGAAAGCUGUUACAUCUGUGUUGAAUUAUCGUGAGCAGUCUAUAAUGUCUUGGUGUCGGUUCAUAGAUGAAACACAACUGAUGGAAGAAUGUAUUGUAAAUUAUGCAAAAUCUGACGUGAGCUGAAAAGACAGGUCCUGUUAUAAAAACUAAUAGAUUCUUAGGGUGUAAAUGUUAUUUUGAACUUCACAAAUACAUGAUACUGUGCAAUAAGGCUUUUUUCCUUAUAAUAGAAAAUGAGGAUAAUUAAAAUGAGGAGAAGGCCACAUAACAGUUGACUUGAGUUUAAUUGAAGGACCCAUCGGAGAGUCAUCUGGUCGACUUAAUUAUUUAAUUCAAUGAUUUAUUGCAGAUCUUUUCAUGCAGGUUAGAAUAAGGAAGUGAGCAUAAACCUUAAAAAGACUCUAAAUGAUGCUUCCAAAGCACUUUCAUCUUGGUAUUAGGUUCAUGUUUGUCUUUACUUGUAAAAUAAUUUGGAAUUUCUGUUUACAGGGUGAGUGUCUGAUAUUUUUUAAAUUAGCUAAAUGUAUCUAAAGGCAUUUCCAAUGUUCAUCAUGGGAGGAAAAAAGCCACAUUUUUUUAAGAAAACAAAAUUUUGGUAGUGUAGGUUCAAUACACUGUUUCUAACAUCUCAGCUUAGCUGCUUUAAUCAUAUCAAGAUAUGAGGCUGGAUCACUGGCCCAUGACAAAUCUGAAAGCUACCAGAGAAUUGACUGCCACAUAGAUAAUCCUGCUGUCAGUUAACAUUCCAGAAAAACUUGGGCAGGCAAGUUUUUAUAGCUGCCCCACUAUGCUGCAAUAGAGUAUCUUUCUAUUGAAGAUUUUCCACUGCAUUCCAAUCCUACUAUGGUGAAAACAUUGCUCUUGGGCUAAAAAAAAAUCCUUUAUUUCAUACACACACAAUUUCACACACUAGGUCUGAGCAUCAACCCAAGUGCAUGAGUUUGCAUUGAAAUUCUAGUGAGAAGUGCUCUAUUCAUAAAGCAGGGGGUUUAUGUGGACCUUCUAGUGUUACUUAUGGGAAAAGAGUAACUACCGUAUUACAUCUAAUUCAAUGCCAAAGUACCAAAUUAAAACCAUGGAUUGAGGUUGUUAUUCAAAGUCACUUACUCCCAUCCUUCUAAUUAUGCUCCACUACAAAAGUAAGGGGAGGAGAGGGAAUACUUUACAUUUACGUAGCUAGAGGGAAAAGAAAGGGUUGAUUAUAUCCCCCUUGCUUCUCCCUCUCUCCUUACUUGCCUGAAGAAACUGAUUAGAACAGAGACUAAUAUACCUGGACUGAGUUAGAAACUUCAUAUGAGUGGGUUUUCUGGGAUUGACUGGAAAGACAGUGAGAACCUGGGAGAACAGGAAAAGACCCACAGAAUGUCUUUUUUGAAAUGGAGUCUCGCUGUUGUUGCCUGGGCUGGAGUGCAGCGGUACGACCUCGGCAACCUGCAACCCCCGCCUCACAGAUUCCAGCAAUUCUCCUGCCUCAACCUCCCGGGUAGUUGAGAUGAGAGGCACCCACCAUCACUCCUGGCUAAUUUUUGUUUUUUUAGUAGAGACGGGGUUUCACCAUGUUCGCCAGGCUGGUCUCCAACUCCUGACCUCAGGUGAUCCACCACCCCCUCCCGCCCUGUCUCCCGAAGUGCUGGGAUUUCAGGCAUAAGCCACUGUGCCCGGCCCAGAUGUCUUUUUUUUUUUUAAUUAGAUGUAGCAUCUUCAUAAGGUGAAACCUGUCACAUAGAAGUAACAAAGCUCCUGGAGUAGAGUGACGCUAGCAUAGAAUGUUCCAGACAUCGGCCGUAGUCCCAGACUCUGAAUUACCUGGGACGGACAAAAUGCUCAGAUUACUAUUUUUUCUGUAUUCUGAUAGUACAGCUUCUACUCAGAGACCAUGUGUGUGUCACAUAACCCAGCAUCUAGAGCACAUUCUGAGAGCUUUUUUUUCUCAUUUGCUUAAAAAUUCUUUAACAGAGCAACUGGAUUGGCCAAGGGGUGACUCAAGAGGGCUGUGAGGAGAGUGUAGAACAAAUGGGUUUUGCCUCUCAGAGUUCAAAGCUUUAAGCUGUAUAAGCAUGGUCCAUGCCCACCUCUUUUAGACACUUCCUUAAAAGUUUCCGUCGUGAAAAUCAUAUCAUGUCAGAAUCUUAUGAGAGCCCAGACCUUCCCCGUAGUCAAAGGUAGUGUCUUUCUCCAGUCUUUGUUUCCGAUAAUAAAUAUCUCGCUCUCAGUUUAGAACAAUCGUAGAGCUGGUGUCCGUGCUGUGAGUCAUUGUGUCCCACAGCUUUUGAAACAUCGUUCUCUUUUCUAUACCACACCUGUUUCUUUGUGCCUCAGACUCAUUGCCAUCAGGAAGAGACUUUGCCAAGAAUCCACCACCACAUUUGGUCAGUGGUGUAUACACAUUAAAGUGAGAGCUGAUGAAAUCGUGAUACCCUAUUUUGUUCCGACAAUCAGUAUGAAGGGGUAGGUCCCAGUCUGCCGAUGAGCCAACAGCCUCUGUACGCUGGUAUCCGAGACUCACAGGAAACAAGCGUCAGUGCAGCCACGGCAUUUUCUUGAAUGCUGUUGUGAAAGACUCCAGUUAUAAACAUCUGCGAGCCAUCCGGCACAACGCAGAGCUGAAGAGGCCAGUCCAGUGCACCUGCACAGAGCACUGAAGAACAUGCAUAAGCCUCUUGAAUCAUCAAGUUAUUUUCCUCAUCCUCAGAGACUUUGACAAUUCAGGGCUCACAGAUGGCAGGGGGGAAUUCUCAGGCUUCCCUUCCUCCUGAAUGACACUUUUUAUAAGGAAGUGGUGUGGAAGUUGUUCUUGGAGUUAGAUGGACAGUGGGAGCGCAUUAGUGAGUGGGGCUUGGAGAAGUCCAAAAAUUGGCACGUUGGUUUUAGGCUGGGCAGGCAAAAGUCUCACAGUAAGAUAUAUUUAACUAGAUGUCUAAGCCCACAACUGCAUUGUAGUAAUCUCUUCUGAAGUAACUGGUUAAAUUAAGAACUGGUUUCAUAAGUUGGGGCCAAGUCACAUUUACAACACAUUUGGAUCUGCAGUGAAGGGUUCUGACUCACGCUGGUAUUUAAGUGCUGUUACUUUCCCAAUGCUUUAGUACCACUUGAGACUGUAUUUCAAUGGACAGAAACCAAGAAGGCCACAGCAGUAGCCUAAUAGUCCUCCCUGGUCAUACUCGUUUCAAACAGGUCUGCCUGUCUGGGCAUGCUCAGGCAGGAGGUUGCUUGCUGCUAUCUUGAAAACCACUGGAACAUUCAGCUUCUUGGGGACCUCAGAGCCUGUGUUCACAUGGAAGCCCACCCAUAUAAGCUUCACAGAGCAAAUCACAGCAAUGUUGAAGUUGUUAUUUUCAAGUGCUUAUUUCACAACAUUAAAAAAAAAUAUUUUUUCCUGGUGUAUUAAAAUUAAAAAUAAAAUCAUAACUUUUGAUUUAAAAUCAAA